AUGUCUGAUCCCCUGGCGAACAACCACCUGUGUGGCCCGCCCAAUCCCUACCAUGCUGUUCUCGAGGCCCUCCGGCAAGGAGGCGACGACAAGCUCUUUGAUGAUAGUGAAGGUGAGAGAUAUGCAGACUGCAGUCAAGGGGGGUUGGAGGAACCUGUCCAGUUUACGUACCCAUGCUUCUUCUCGAAUAGUUCUGCGAGUCUCUAUUGGCUUGCGUCAGAUUUAUUCCCUGCCUGGCAUGAAUAUCUCUCCCCAUCCAUUUCUGAUUUCGACGGUGGCCCCCUAUACCCUUAUUGGAGCCUUCGGACGCCGUCGGAAAAACCGGCGGGGGAAGCACCCAAUGAACAAGACGACCAAGCAAAAUCCGCCCACUCUCGACGACGGGAACAGGUCAGGCGGGCGCAGCGGAACUAUCGCGAGAGGAAGGAGAAAUACAUAAAGUCUCUUGAACAGGAGCUUCUUCGUCUUCGCGAUGAAACUACAUCAGUUCAAACCGAGACCUAUCAGGUAGUCGAGGAAAAUAGCAUCCUCAGGGACAUCAUGCUUGACCAUGGGAUACCUCUUCCUGGAUUGGAAAAGCUGUGGAUGUCCCAUAACCCCAUGGCCACUGUCUCCGUUAUCGGUAGCCCGGGUUAUGGACAACGGCUUCAGGUAUCAAUGAAUGAUGAUCCUGCUCACCCGUUGGCGGUGUUUCCGCGCGGGUUUGGCGUCCCCGAUGGGCCUGAUGGGAUACACCCGAUAGUUUCGGUGGUCGUUGAUAGGACCUCUCCAACUCCCCCAGAAAUCAUCCAACAAUAUCUAUCACCACCCGCCGAAUUCAAUCCCAGGACCUCUCCUCAGCCUACCCAGGUACUUACUCAUCCAUACGGCCUUGAUGCGACCCAAGUCGGGGUAGAUUUCGUGCUAUUCAUGGAACGAUGUUGCUUGUACCACGUCCACGUUCCCGACUACUUCGAAGAAGCAACCGGCCACGCAAUGACCGUACUAGCACCCAUGCUCACCGGAGCCCCUCCCCUUCUAAAUGACUACACCUCGUGGCAGAUUCCUGCAAAAGAACUUGAUCGACUAUUCAGCCUCUCCUCGUCCCUGCAUCUGGAUGGCGAGCUCACGCCGGUCCAGAUCUGGAUGCGGGUUAAGCAGCAUCAGCACUUCCAUAAGCUUAAGCCGGAACAUGUGCGCAAAUUGGGCAAAGAUUUGAUAGGUAAUGUGCGGUGUUAUGGAUUUGGUGCAGUUAUUGAAGAAAAGAUUGUCACAAGGAUUAUGAAUGAACUAUUUGACUCUCUUUAA